GAAACCCUAGUCCGCAGCGAGAGGAGCGGCUAAACCUAAGCGAAGCAGCCGUCCCUCCACCAAGAGCGCCACAGCCAACGCCGCCGACAUGGGCCGCGUCCGGACGAAGACGGUGAAGAAGUCGUCGCGCCAGGUCAUCGAGCGGUACUACUCGCGGAUGACCCUGGAUUUCCACACCAACAAGAAGAUGCUGGAGGAGGUGGCCAUCAUCCCCUCGAAGCGCCUCCGCAAUAAGAUCGCCGGAUUCUCUACCCACCUCAUGCGCCGCAUCCAGCGCGGCCCUGUCCGCGGCAUCUCCCUUAAGCUCCAGGAGGAGGAGCGCGAGCGCCGCAUGGACUUCGUCCCCGACGAGUCCGCCAUCAAGGUCGACCACAUCGAGGUCGACAAGGAUACGGUCGACAUGCUCGCGUCCCUUGGUAUGACCGAUAUCCCCGGCGUCGAGCAGCAAGCCGAUGCGCCCGCCGCCCCUACUUACCCGUACCAGUCGCGCCCCGGCGGCGGUUAUGGCGCUGGCCGCAGGAACUGAGACGGGAUCUUGGCACAGCGGGCUCGAUCUUUUCCGAAAACAAGUUCCCUUUUAAGGAUUAUAUCGCUUAAAGUUUAGAUUUUUGUGUGGAUUGUGGUUACUAUAGCCAUGCGGACAUCCUCUUUUGAUAUCUGUAUUUGAUUGCUUAAAAUGGUUUGUCUACAAUCAAGUAGCUUAUCUUGCAUUGUGCUUGA